AUGCCAAACAAACGUCCGCGUUUAUCAAACAAUAGUAAUGCUCACGCUCUAUCAUUCUGUCACAUCUGUAAAAGGAAAAACCAUUCUGCCGAUGAAUGUCGUUUCAAACCAACGGCAUUAAAUCAGGAACAAUAUAGUAAAAGAGGUGAAAGUAAUAGUAAACCUACCUGCACAUUUUGUCAAAAAUUAGGACAUACUUACGACCAAUGUUUUAAGCGUGAUCGUUCUUUGACAUCAAAUAUAAAUCACAUCGAAGGUACAAAACUCGCCCCUUUAACUAUCAGGAUAGGAGUAAAAACUUUACGGGCAGUGUUUGACAGUGGUGCAGAAUGUUCAGUUAUACGGGAAUCUGUAGCCGCUGCUCUGCCUGGACAAAGAGUUCAAACGGCUAACUACUUGAGAGGUAUUGGACGAUUUCCCGUAUUAUCACUCACGAGUUUACUGACUAUAUGUGUCAUAGAUGAUAUCAGCGUAGAAAUUCAGUUUUAUGUUCUGGCUGACUGUGAGAUGUCGACGGACAUUCUGGUUGGCAUGAAUUUGAUUAAAGGCACAAACUUGAGUGUUAUAGUAACGUCUAGCAAAACAAAAUUAGUGCACCAAGGACUUAUCAAUCAUAUCACUACAAAUAGUCCAAUAUUUGGAAAACUAGACUGUGAUCUUUCCGACCCUGAAGAGAUCAAACAACUUCGCAUACUCCUUAAUAAGUAUGAACACUUAUUUAUUCGAGGAUACCCUAAAACCCGAGUUAACACGGGUAUGUUGGAAAUCAGAUUAAAGAAUCCGGACAAAUACGUAGAACGAAGACCAUACCGCCUCAGUCCAGUGGAGAGAGAAAAGGUUCGUACCAUUGUCAACGAAUUAUUGAAGCACAAUAUUAUACGUGAGAGCAAAUCCCCAUACUCUAGCCCAAUUAUCCUAGUUAAAAAGAAGAAUGGAGAUGACCGCCUUUGUGUAGACUUCCGCGAGUUAAAUGCUAAUACCUUGCGGGACCAUUACCCACUUCCACUCAUCUCCGAUCAAAUCGAUCAGCUGGCCAAUGGACUCUACUUCACCACAUUUGAUAUGGCGGCAGGUUUCCAUCAAAUACCUAUUUCGGAGAGUUCCAUAGAGAAGACUGCAUUCGUUACGCCUGAUGGAUUAUACGAAUACCUUACUAUGCCAUUUGGUUUAUCCAACGCGUGUGCAGUAUACCAAAGAUGUAUUAAUAGAGCAUUGUUUUCGUUACUGGGCAGUGCUGCUCAAGUUUACGUCGACGAUGUCUUGAGCAAAAGUGCUGAUUUUACUCAAGGACUAAUAAACAUUGAACGCAUUCUCAUAGCAUUACAUAAGGCUGGGUUUUCUAUCAAUGCGGAUAAGUGCAGCUUCUUCAAACGCUCAAUAGAAUAUUUGGGUAACGUUGUUUCAAAUGGUCAAAUCCGUCCAAGUCCAAAGAAAGUUGAAGCUCUAGUCAAGGCACCAGUACCGAAUACUGCUAAAAAGGUAAGACAGUUCAAUGGUUUAGCUGGAUAUUUUCGUAAAUUCAUCCCCGAUUUUUCCCGUAUAAUGAUGCCCUUGUAUGAGUUGACUAAACAAGGUGCUAAAUGGGAGUGGAAUGAUCGACACGAAGAAGCACAAGAAGCACCCAUAGAAUUAUACACGGAUGCAAGUAGCUUGGGAUUCGGUGCCGUUCUAGUACAAAUUAUCAACAAACGUCAACAUGCAAUCGCCUUCAUGAGUAUAAGAACUACUGAUACUGAAAGCAGAUAUCACUCGUACGAACUAGAGACCUUGGCGGUAGUGCGUGCAAUAAAACAUUUUCGGCAGUAUCUGUAUGGAUGGAAAUUCAAAAUUAUAACCGAUUGCAAUGCCUUAAAGGCAUCUAAGCACAAAAAGGAUCUCCUUCCAAGAAUUCAUCGGUGGUGGGCGUUUUUACAGAACUAUGAUUUUGAAGUAGAAUACCGCAAAGGAAAUCGCCUGCAACACGCCGACUUCUUUAGCAGAAAUCCAAGUAGUUGUGAAGUUAAUAUAAUGACAAGAGACUUGGAUUGGUUGAAGGUGGAACAACGCAGAGAUGAGACAUUGCGUCGCCUGAUGGACAGCUUCAACAACGGAAAUCCAGUAGAUGGUUACCUUCUAGAAAACGAAGUUUUAAAACGAAUCGUGAGAGACCCAAUUUUUGGACAGCAAAUCUGUGUUGUAGUUCCUAGAUCUUUCCAGUGGAGUAUAAUAAAUUCAUUUCAUACAGCGCUUAAACACCCUGGAUGGGAAAAGACUCUACAUAAGAUCAAAGAAUCUUACUGGUUUGACAAAAUGAGUACCCUGGUGCGCAGGUUUGUGGACAACUGUAUAGUGUGUAGAACAUCAAAAGGAACAUCGGGCGCUGUACAAGCUCAACUACAUCCAAUCCAAAAGCCAACUACAGCCUUUCAAGUGAUACAUAUGGAUAUCACUGGCAAGCUCGGUACUACAGAUGCCCAGCAAUAUGUCGUAGUAACUGUCGAUGCUUUCUCAAAAUAUGUGCUGUUUUAUUAUGCUACCGAUAAGAGUCCGCACAGCACAUUAGCUGCACUAAAACGUACUAUACACCUAUUUGGAACACCACUUCAAAUAAUUGUGGAUGGAGGCAGAGAAUUCUUGGGGGAAUUCAAGACUUAUUGCCAACAGCUAGGAAUAGACAUCCAUGAUAUAUCACCAGGAAUCAGCCGAGCUAACGGACAAGUUGAGCGAAUAAUAGCAACGCUUAAGAACGCAUUAAUAAUGAUAAAAAAUUAUGAAACGGAACAAUGGCAUACUGCAUUAGAAGAACUUCAGUUGGCCAUGAAUUGUACUGCUCAUCGACUCUGUGACAGUACUGAUGGAGGGAAAGCGCCACGGAUACUUCUUAAUGAUGGCAACACCAUGCCCGUUUUGGGGCUAGGCACGUUUUUAGGUUUUGAUGAGAAUGGGCAAAAGGAAGUAAAAGAGAACGAAGUUGAACUUCCAGUGCUGUGGGCUCUUAACUCUGGUUACAGAUUAAUAGACACGGCUGCAAUGUAUCAAAAUGAAGAACAAAUCGGCCGAGGUCUUAAGAAGUCAUCGGUGCCGAGAGAAAACGUUUUUAUAGUCACCAAGCUUCGUGUGAAUGAACAGCGACAUGUUAUGGAUUCUCUAAAGGCGUCACUGGCUCGUCUCAACAUGUCAUACGUGGACCUCUACCUUAUUCAUUUCCCUGUGGCGUAUAAGCCUGACUUUAGCGGCUUCGAUGUUGUGGACUACUUAGAUACGUGGAAGAGCAUGGAGGAAGUGAAAAGGCUCGGACUGGCGAAGUCCAUCGGAAUCUCCAAAUUCAACAUCAGUCAGAUCGACAGGCUCCUUGCCAACUGUGAGAUUAAACCAGCCGUUUUGCAAGUAGAAGUUAAUUUAAAUCUGGCGGAAAAAAAACUUUUGGAGCGCGCGAAGAAGGAUAACAUAGCUGUAAUGGCAUAUUCGCCAUUUGGGUCGCUUUUUAGCAAAAGCGACAUCCCACCGCCUCCAAGGAAGGACAACCCUGUUCUUGUCCAAAUAGCCAACAAAUACGGAAAGACCACGCCGCAAAUAGUUUUGAGAUAUCUGAUCCAGUACGGCGUUAUUCCAAUCCCUAAAUCAGUUCACAAGGAACGUGUGGAGGAGAACAUCAACGUAUUUGACUUUGAAUUGACGCCUGAAGAGAUGAAGAAACUAGCUGAGUUCAACAAGGACUACAGAGUCGUAUGGCCAAGCUUCUCUCAGGACCACCCCUACUACCCUUUCGAGAGAAAAGAUGUGUCCGAUACAGAUCUUUUUAAAAUGGGGAAAAGACUGAAUGAAUAA